AACAUCCGGGGAUCGGACAAGGAUGAACGCAAGUUUCCAAGAUGGCGGCGGAGGGAGGAGGGAAGGAGAUGAACGAAAUUAAAACUCAGUUCACCACUCGGGAAGGCGUCUACAAACUCCUCACUCACUCCGAGUACAGUCGCCCGAACCGGGUGCCUUUCAACUCGCAGGGCUCCAACCCCGUCAAGGUCUCCUUCGUCAACGUGAACGACCAGUCCGGCAACGGCGACAGGAUCUGUUUCAAUGUGGGCCGGGAACUCUACUUUUAUAUCUACAAAGGCGUGAGAAAGGCUGCUGAUCUUAGUAAGCCCAUUGACAAGAGGAUAUAUAAAGGAACGCAGCCCACGUGUCAUGAUUUCAAUCCACUCACAGCGACAGCAGAGAGCGUCUCCCUGCUGGUGGGCUUCUCAGCUGGUCAGGUGCAGCUCAUAGACCCAAUAAAGAAGGAAACCAGCAAACUCUUCAAUGAAGAGAGACUUAUAGACAAGUCGAGAGUAACAUGUGUAAGAUGGGUUCCUGGUUCAGAGAGUCUGUUCCUGGUGGCUCACUCCAGCGGCAGCUUGUACUUGUACAACGUGGAGAACACCUGUGGCACGACGGCGCCUCACUACCAGCUCCUCAAGCAGGGUGAAAACUAUGCUGUGCAUACCUGCAAGAGCAAGUCGGCUCGUAACCCGUUACUCCGCUGGACAGUGGGUGAAGGUGCGCUCAAUGAGUUCGCCUUCUCCCCAGAUGGCAAGUUUCUGGCUUGUGCGAGCCAGGAUGGCUUCCUGCGGGUAUUUGGCUUUGACGCCGCAGAGCUCCACGGGACGAUGAAGAGCUACUUCGGUGGCUUACUGUGUGUGUGCUGGAGCCCUGAUGGACAAUACAUUGUGGCGGGAGGGGAGGAUGACCUGGUGACGGUGUGGUCGUUUUCAGACUGCAGAGUGAUCGCACGGGGGCACGGUCACAAGUCAUGGGUGAGUGUGGUGGCAUUUGACCACUGUACCACCAGCGUGGAAGACGGUGACCCCCCCGCUGAGUUCAGCGGUAGUGACGAGGAGUUCCAUGAGCAGAUUCACUUUGGUGCAGGCAGGGACAGAGCGAACAGCGCUCACUCUCGGCUUUCUAAGAGAAACUCUACAGACAGUAGGCCUGUUAGUGUGACCUACAGGUUUGGCUCAGUGGGGCAGGACACUCAGCUGUGUCUGUGGGACCUUACAGAGGACAUUCUCUUCCCUCACCUUCCUUUGUCUCGCACAAGGACUCACACUAAUGUUAUGAGUGCUACAAGCCCUCCAGCCACUGGACAAACUACUACUACUACUACUACUACAACUACUACUACUGUAUCCACCCCCACCCCCACCACCGCCACCACCACAACCACCACCACCACUAAUCCCAGUGGUACCAAUGGUAAAGACAAUGUGAGCAAUAGCAGCUCCAGUGGUAACACACCAAACUCCCUCCCCAGCACCCUGCCUCGGUCCAAUAGCUUGCCACACUCCUCCAACCCGGCAGGGGGCAGCACCCCCAACAGUCACACAGGCAGCAGCAACAGCAGCACCACCACCACCACAUCCACCAAGGGCAACAGCAUCAUCGACAGUGCUUUCAUCGCCACCGGAGUCAGCAAGUUCGCAACACUGUCGCUGCACGACUCACGCAAGGAGCGCCACGAGAAGGACCACAAACGAAACCACAGCAUGGGUCACAUCAGCAGCAAGAGCAGCGACAAGCUCAACCAGCUCAGCUCGACGCGGACGGCAAAAGCCGACGCGGCUAAGACUCUGGGCACGACGCUGUGCCCGCGCAUGGACGAGGUGCCACUGCUCGAGCCGCUGGUGGUCAAGAAGAUCGCUCACGAGAGACUCACUGUGUUAAUCUUCCUUGAGGACUGUCUGGUAACAGCCUGUCAGGAGGGUUUCGUUUGCACAUGGGCUAGGCCGGGGAAAGUGGGAUUGCAAUCAUCUCAAAACAACCCAGCCAACUCCCCCAGUGGAACAGUAGUAUAGCCCCAGUGCUGGUGCUGCUAAUGACAGCUCCAUGCAGCAGAGACGGGGAUGACCAAGGCCACGGCCCCUGCAGCGCUUCUUCACACACUGUCACACACCACAUGACCUCCAGUGUCACCCUCAUUCUCAUCCCUAAACCACCCAGAUGCCCUCUUUUGUGUUCCUGCUUGUGAUCAGAUUAUCCGACGUUGGCGGAGCCAGGGUUAGAAACUUGACCUCCUAUUGUGUCAGGGGGUGAAAAGGGUGUUAUUGGAAGUAGGAGGGCGAGCUCUAAAUCAUCCAGGAGGUUCAUGAAAGGGGCUCACUGUUACAUCCCCGGUCAUCUCAAGUCACAUCUAAUCCGAAAAUAACAAACUCUCAUACCCGAGCCUUUGUGCCGGUAUCGUGGUAACGCCUCAACCUUACCUAUGGCGUUUAAUUUGGUCGUACCUGUUUCUUCACAUGCAUUCAAUGAAGAAGGGAAUAUGAGGAGGGGUAGUUUUUAGAGCAGCAGCAUAUCCUCAACGCCAAGUCUCUUUCAUUCUCUAACCUCCUGGGUGAUCCCUCGCUCAGCCACAUUCUUUUCAACACCUGCUCAAGAGAGACUGAAACUUUUUCUUUUACUUCCCUUAGAAAUGAAAUAUUUCAGUCAGAGGUAUCAAACUUAAAAGUGAAUUUUGCACAGAUUAUUUUUUUCUUUCCCCCCAUUAUUGAAAUCAUGACAGUGGAGGAUGAGUGAUAUAAUUUUUGGGACAGUUUUGGAAGCACUUGAGGAAACGGCGCGUUGUUGCUUCCUGUCUCAACGCUGGAUGCUGCAAUCCUAGUUUUUUACGUGGAAAAAAAAAUUGUUUGCACUUAAUAGAGGAGAAUGGCUUUACAUUUUUGGAGUGUGUAAGGACUCCCCUGACAAGGUUGAAAUAUAAAUAGAAUUUAAAAAAAAACAUUUGUAUCUAUUGAACAUUUAUUUUAAUAUUGUUUCAGAUUAAAUGGGCCCUGUAUUAUAUGUAAAUAUUGUACUUCAAUGAUUUUUGGGUGAAACCAUCAUGACAUUAGUUGAAAGAUCCUCAUUUCAGAAAAUAGUGAUAUUUCUAAUACAGAAAAUCUAUACCUAAUAUUAAAGAAUCUUGAAUAUGCAGGUGAAAA